CGUCAUUUAGGUAUGUAAGAGGCUUCACGUGUUUCAUCAGCCUUGCACAUGCCUAUAAAGCAGCUAAAACCCACGUGGAGAGGAAAGAAAGAAGGCGGAAUGGCGACAAGUAGAGUGCAUUGGACGCGACAUGUAUAGGAAUAGAGACGCGGUUCAAAUAGAAAAUAAGUGGCGGAGGGAGGCACGAGGAAAUAAACCGAAUAAAAGCUCCAUCAGAAAAGAAACUUACUACUGGCUGUAAUAAACGUCAAAGUCAAUAUGGUUGAUGGUAAUAACAAAGCUCCAACAGAAAUGCAUACAUUUUUACCAGUAGAAAAUUCAAAAGAUGAAGUAUUAACAUCAAAGUACAAAGUGCAAGUUAUUUCAAAAGAUCCGGAGGCUGCAGCUACACUGACGGAUCAUAAAAGUUUUGAUCCCUUUACUGAACGAAAACAUGAAAAUCCAACUUCCGAUUGUGAUACUUUAACCCAUUUAUUGAAAGCAUCGCUGGGUACAGGAAUUUUAUCUAUGCCAUAUGCUUUCCGAAAUGCCGGUCUUGUUUUAGGUGUUUUCGGCACUAUUCUAGUGUCGUUAAUUUGCACUCAUUGCUCAUAUGUCUUGGUUAAAUGUGCACAUGUAUUGUAUCAUAAAACAGCGACCACAAAAAUGGGAUUCGCUGAUAUUGCAGAAAGUGCUUUUUCUACUGGACCAAAAUGGUGUAGGGGUGUUUCUAAAUUUUCGAGAUACUUCAUUCAAAUAAGUUUAUUUUUGACAUACUUUGGUACGUGCAGUGCCUACACCGUCAUUAUAGCAACGAAUUUUCGUCAAGUUAUUGACAAAUAUUUAUACUCAAAUAUGACAAUCGCGACGAUGGGAAAUUCAACGUUGAACGAAACUAUAAAUACCAUGAAUGCCACUGCAGAUGCAUUAAGUAAUACAUCAGAGACUGAUGUACGAGUAAUAAUUGCUUGUCUCCUUCUACCGCUCAUCCUAUUAGUUUGGGUACCAGAUCUUAAGUAUCUUGCACCUAUUUCAAUGGUUGCAAAUGCUUUUAUGGCUGUUGGCCUUGGAAUUACUUUUUAUUAUCUUGUACGAGAUUCACCAUCAUUAUCUUCAGUUCCUGCGGUUGUAGAAUUAAAUCGAUUGCCUAAAUUCUUCAGUGUUACAAUAUUUGCUAUGGAAGCUAUCGGAGUUAUUAUGCCUUUAGAGAACAAUAUGAAAACUCCUCAACACUUUGUUGGCAUAUGUGGUGUUCUUAAUAAAGGAAUGUCAGGAGUUACAUUAAUUUAUAUUUUACUUGGAUUCUUGGGAUACUUGGGAUAUCCUAAUUCAAAAGAAGAUAUAAUUACAAUGGAUUUGCCCAUUACCGAAAUUCCAGCUCAAAUAGUUAAAAUUUUUAUUGGUCUUGCUGUUUAUUGCACAUUUGGAUUACAGUUUUAUGUAUGUCUUGAUAUUGCUUGGAUGGGAAUGAAAGAAAAAUUCCAAAAAAGUCCAAGACUAGCUGAAUAUAUUCUUCGAACGGUCUUGGUUGUACUAUGUGUUAUUCUGGCAAUUCUUGUUCCAAAAAUAGCACCGUUUGUUGGUCUUAUUGGAGCAUUUUGUUUUUCAAUCUUAGGAAUUUUAGCUCCAAUAAUCUUAGAAAUAAUUAUUUAUUGGGAUAUAGGUUUUGGGCCAUGUAAUUGGGUAAUAUUUAAAAACAUUGCCUUGGCACUUGUUGGAGCUUCAGCUCUUGUUCUCGGUUCUAUAGAUGCCAUGGAAGAAAUUAUCAAAGUUUAUACGAAAUAAUAAAAGAUCCGGCUUACGAUUUAUCGUUUUAAAAUAA